GCAACUCCCUUGGAGCAAAAGGAUUCAGUUUCCCUGCUCUUCCUGUGGGAUUUCUCGUCCUUGGUGACUUCUUUUGGGUUAGGUAUCUCUCGCUUGCUCUGUGCGUUGGAUGGCAAUGGGGUCGGUCUCCUUGUUUUCUUGAUCGAUCGGCAUCAAAUCCUGUUCGCGUGUUGCUGUCUUCGAGGUCCUUCGAUUCGGUCCCGUUCGAAUUGCUCUUCUUCUCGCAUGCAGAUUCUUUAGCGUGGCGGAAAGCUUCGAUCUUGCGCUGAAUCAUGCCGCCUCUCCUACCAAGUCGCGUACCAAGAGCGAAGAAACCACCACCUGUGCCGCACAGACAUGGGAGGAUUCUUCUCGCUUUGCUACUUGUUCUUCUCCUCGGCAUGAUCAUUCUGGAAAUCACGACAAAUGGUAGAAGGUUCGGUAAACCAAUUCCCCGUUCUGAUCCAUCGACGCUCAAAAGGAAUGAUUUUGUUGGAACAUCAGCUCCGUCACAGGUCACCGUGGACUUCACGAAUGGGACGGAUGUGAUAUGGCAAAUCCCCGAGUCGCCGAAGGCCGUCCUCUUCGUAGCUCACGGCUGCAGCUGCCGGGCUGCCAACUUCUGGGACCGAUCCGCCGCGUGCCCGCACUGUGUCGGGCUGCCCGAGGACAGGCUCAUCGUCCUCGGUGCCCUCGACCGCAAAUUCGCUGUCCUCACCAUCUCCAGCUCCGGGAGAUGCUGGUCGAAGGAGAAGGACACUGGCAUUGUUAAAUGGGUAAUCGAAUGGUGGAUCGAGAAGAAUAAGCUACAAGAGCUUCCGCUCGUGGCUUUAGGAGCUUCCUCGGGUGGCUAUUUCACUUCUGCGCUGGCAAAGGAGAUGAGGUUUAGUAGCGUAGCGCUUAUGAUUGCAGAAGGGGUGUUUGGUUCUAUGGGUGUACCAGUUGGCUAUCCUCCCACCCUCUUUGUCCAUAUGCCUAAAGAUCAGCACAGGAUGAGGCUGAUAGACAGGAAUAUGAUAGCGCUGCAGAAGAGGGGUGUUCAUGUUAAGGAGGUCAGGUGCGUGGAGUUCCCGUUGACUCCUACUCUUUUGUCGGAUAGGAUACCAGGUCUGGAUCAGGCAUUCUCUGUUAAGCUAUUUGAGCUGUUUCAGGAGAAGGGAUUCAUUGAUGAGCGUGGGUAUUUGAGGAAUGAUGGGCGGGCAACUCCCUGGAAGCAAGCUCUCAGGGAAAGGGAACCUUCACUGGAUAAAUUUGAAUGGAUCGAUCAUAUUCAGGAGGAGUUAAAUCUCGCAUUUGGAUACCAUGAGAUGACCAGUCUACAGAUAGAUGAUAUCCUUGACUGGUUUGAAUCUCACAUGGGCUCAUCGUCUGUCUCAUAAACUGAAAAAUAUAUGCUUCACUAGCUAUCCACAAUGCCCAAUUUGAUUGCCUAGUGGCAUGGUACAAGAUGACUAUCAUCUGGAAGUUUUAUCGAUAAAACCAGAAUUUUUUGGAAUGGACUGGUGAUCUGAGAUAUUGAGAAUUGCAGAAUUCUUUUUGAGGAUCUUUGCUAAUUUCAUCUGCAGUAAACAAGUCUCCAGACUUUUUCUUUAUGCAUGACAAGUCGGCCCAUAAAGCUCAGGGAUCUAACAUAUCCACUGUUGUGAAAUCGUUGUCUGACUUUGUGUUACUGCCAGAGAUCACCUUUUAAUGCUAUUCUUCUUUUCUGCAAUUAAAAUGAGAGGCAAUGUUCCGAUCUGCAGGCUAGUCUUCAAUUUAAUUAUGUGCAUGUUUAUCUUUGGUUUCUUCAUACAAAGAGGCUGUAUAUAAGGGAAGAACUCUUCAUUAAGUGUUUGUUGCAUAAAUUUAUCUAUCUGUUACUGCUCAGAAUUAAGUCAAUCUCUUGUGAUAUGGUCUGUGUUUGUAAUAUCAUACUCGUGGCAUACAUAAGCAGUUGUUUAAACUAAUCCUUAGUGGUUCUGGAACAUUUCAUUUUGCAGAAUCUUGUACUUUUAAAUUUUGUGUAUGAUUAUCUUGAUGAACAGUAUUAAGGUUAAAAUUUUCAGUAAAAUAAUAUCCCAUGUAUAAUUCUGAAAUACACAAUGAUGAAUUGCAAUGACCAUAUUCAUAUGUGUAGAGUGGACUGUGGAGAAUAAAGGGGCUUCUGUCAGAAUCAAUUAUUCCAACUUCUGUAGCCUCUCAUCUAGUUGUUUAUCUCUUUGCUGGUUCAGACACUAAUAGCUAUACCAAUCACCGUAGCUUCCAAGAUCAUCAAGCCAGUCAUUUUGUCCCAAAUUACCUGUCUGUGAUGGACUGACAAUGUUCAGAUGGCAGAGAUCGUAAGGGGCAACAAGCUCAAUGAGGAUGGCUUUUGUUGGCUCUUGAGAUCUUUGCACCCAUCAACGUCAGUUGGUUUACUGCUUUUCUAAUUAUAUAACAUCUGUUAUGUAUAAAUUUUUGUUACUUUCCUUCUCAUCAGCCCUUUUGAGUUCUUAUGCAUACAUUGAGAUACCCACUAAUGCCUACAUUAAGGGCAUUGCAAAGAGAAAUAGAUAUAUGUUUUCUUUUUUCCAAGAUAUGUUUUCUCUGGAGGUCAGCACACAAAAAACUGUAAAAAGUGGGGCCAUAGUUCCCCUCCAAACAAAAGAAGAACAAUUGGACCUAGCAUGAGCAGCUAGCCAAUUUGCAUAUUUGUUACCCUCCCUAAACAGAUGGGAGAUUCUAAAAAGAGAAAAUUCAGUCAAUAACUGCAAAAAUAUCAUCUACAAGAUUUUUUACGUGCCAUGGAUGGCUUGCUCUGAAAUAGAGAUAUGCUUGAGAAAUUACGUUUCCUAUCAAACAAGAGCAAUUUUGUGCAAAUUAAGUUGCUAUAUUGUUAGUGACUUUUUCAUUUGUGCUAUCAUUACUCUUUUCUGGACUCUGGAGUACGUCCAUUGUUUUUCUACCCAGUUAUGGAGACCAUACUACAUGAAUUUAAAUAACUUGGUCCAAGGGAGCUUGCCUUAUAAGCUGUGUGUCACUUCCCUUGUUAUAUUAGUGCCAAAGCUGCAAAAUGACUUGUUGAUUGCAGCGGUUUGUUGACCAAUUCUGCAGGGGAGGCUGUAUAAUUAGUUCAACUUUGUAGAUAUUUGAUGUUUCCUAUUGCAGUGAUGAUCUUUCAUUUUCCCUCAAAAUUCACAAUCAAGUUGUGUUUUUUAUAAUUCUCUUCCUAAAAUUCAUGAUGAGAUUAUACUUCCGUACAUAGUUUGAUUCUCAGCUUCUAGUCAAACUGCAUUCACUUUUCUUAAGUUACUGUAAGUUGCAGAACUAGUCUUAAUGCUCUCUUUUCCACAUUCAUGUAAUCAACUUCGACUAUUUUCCCCCUUCUGUAGCCAUAAUCUACAUUGAUGGCUUAUUUGGAUUGGAGCAUAUUGCUCUUUGCCAAAUGUUCAUCAUUUUUGGGUCUUCUUUCCUAUGCCAAGAUUCUUAUAUACUCGUGUUUUUAUUACAUUCAUUUCAUUCUUUGAGUACAAAAGAAUUUCUUGUUUGCUAUAGGAUCUUCUUCCUCUUCAUAUUUCUUUCACCUUCUUCUCUUUGGUACACUGUUUCACAUCUUGAUCACUAAAUAAAUAUACAACUUUUUGCAGAAUAUACAUGUCUUUACCCUCAUAUACUGUUGAACAUGCCAAAAUCAUGUUGUCACUUCUCUAAGAUGUUCCUUGAUAUUGACCUUUACAUGAUCUAACCAUGAGACUGUAGAAGGUCUAUAGGUUCUCGUUUUGAUUUUGGUUUGGUCGAAGAAUUCGGAAUCAUGGUUGACCUAGAUCAGCUGACUUGGAUAAAUAGGAUUAUAUAUUAGUGACUGAAUAUACUGGGAUUAGCAGUGCUCUAUCAACCAGUAGGUAAUUAGCUAGACUUCCAGGAUAUGCCUGGCAAUCCCUUGAAAAAUCAAGGGUUUCAGGAUUCUGAUUGAAUCAAUCUAAUUGUUCUUUAGUAUUUCUUGCUCGAGUUGCUGAUCAAGUGAUUGUAGAGAACUGCCAUUAUACCACAAUGUGAAUCUGUCACAUAAUUGCAUUAAAUUUUAUAUAUUUGCUUGAGUUACUCUUAUAUGGAACAUGCAAAAGAUAUUAGUUUGAAUUUUUUUUAGUGAUAACCAUGAACCUGAUAAUGCAUAUGAAAAAUGUUUUUAGGUGGUCGACAAGCCUUUACUAAGCAUGUUAUAAACAUGUUUACUAUUUAUCCUACUCUGCACACUCUAUAUAUGAUAUCCAUUUAACAGCCAGUUAUUCUUGGAAGGCUCUUGAGAAUAUUAAUUGUUCUUUUUGCAAAUACUUGGUCGAAUUUUUUGGUGAGGCACAUUUUCCUUGAAACUGAAUUUCUGAAAAAAAUUGAUGUUUGAUCUUUAACUUUUUAAGCAAACUUUUUUGUGGCACCUUCUCUAACCUGUUUACUUUUAUUGACUUUCACAAGCUAGGACUGUUCCGAUAUUCUUGUUUCCUUGAAGGCACCCUCUUAAAGCUUACUGGCAAAUUUAACUGUCCUUUGACAACUUUGGGUUCUUUCCCAUCAACACCUAUUUGCUUAGUCCUCAUCAAUUCUCUCUCUUUUAUGACUGAAACUCUUUUACAAGCUGGGUGUUUUUUACCUUAAAUUUUAUGAUUGGUUUAUUCUGAAGAAUCUUUUUCUAUCUGAUGUAAAUAUGGAAGAUGACUGUGUUUGACCUAUGUCUUUUACAGAUAUAAUCUUUUUUCUAUCUGAAUCCUGUCAACGACACCGUCCUAUGUUUCAGUCAUUUAUUGAGCUCUUAAAUCCAUACCUGCCAUGUUGUAGGAGUUCCCCUUAAAUAGUGAUUUCAAAUUCAUAUUUUGAUCUCACGAUAACAUUCCUUUUUACACAUAGAGGUAGACAAGAAAUCCUUUUUCUCCUGAAACAUAUUGGUGAGUAAUUCACUUGUAAAAGUUCAUCUUUGCAACUCUAUCUAAAUCGAGUUUUCUGCUUCCUGAAAGCUAAAUCUUUGUAUUCUCAAAAUGAACUUUCAGAUACUAUUUGGAAGAUAAUGAACCUGUAAAGACCCUCUUUGAACACUAACUCUGUCUCAAAAGAUUGUGCAUCACUUUGUACAAUAACUUAUUUCUUUUUUUCCUCCAGUCCAGUUUUUAUAUGUCAUGGAGGCAUACGUGAGAAUUUUGCUAUUGUCUAUCCUUGGGGAUAGAAAGAUUUAACAGAAAUCACUUGAUAGCAGGACUGUUGAUGUGACUGACUCUUUUCCUCACACUAGUUCUUCAACAAAUUAAGUUUGAGUUCUCCUGCCAAAUUUGAUUGGCAAAAGAAUGUAUUUUUAUAUGGUUAGAUAUGCUUCCUUGUUGAGCUUCUUUAUUGCUAAAACCUGUUGGAAUAACACAGUUGUUGGUCUGAUUAGAUUGAAGAGCUGAUGAUCCUGGAGAAGAUUCCUGAAGCCAAGACCAAGAGUAUUCAUUGUGUUUUUUGCAACUUUGAGACUCCACUGACUUCACUUAUUUUUCACUCGCUGUCUAUUGAAAAUAGAAACAGGUUCAUGAAUCGAAUUAAUGGUAUGAUAUCAAUCUAUUCUGGAGUUGAAUUCAAGACUUGUACUGAUCCGUGAUGGAGUAACAUUAUUAUGGAGCUGUGACUCAACCAGGACAACUCAUUAUUACUUUGAUCUUGUUAUUAAUGUUUAGCUUUGGUCCUGAUUCAAUUUUAAUUAUUUCAGGCAAAUGUUGCAGGCUAUGUUCUUCAACGAGACAAUGUGCAUUACCGAUAAGCUAGCUCAAAGUAGAGUUCCUACAUCACCAGGUGGGAAGCACAAACAUGACACAGAAACCUGAAGAACAUGAGCAACAACAAAAAGCAAAGGUACUCUGCAGAAAGACAAGGAGAGAAGCACAUUGAUACAACCUAAUGGUGCUUGAGGUGGCCCUCAUUGGCCUUCUUGAAGAGCUGUGCUUGGGUUGCAGCUGCCUUAUCGGAGAUAACCGCAGCGUUGAACUCGUCCCUGACUUUCUGGGUGGUCAAGGCAAAGUUCCUGUUCACCAAUGAGUUGAGGAGCGACGCCGUCCCUUCCCGGUACAGAGCUCCAAUCCCGUCAGAGCGGGUGUUCGACAAUGCCUCCAACAAACUGGGGUCGCUCCCGAAAGCUGAAACCGCAGGCAAACCGAAGAAUUCGCCCAAGGUGCACCAGUACCCCAACAAAGCCAAUAUUGCUUCAGGGUGUGCUCUCCAGUAGCUGAAGAGGGGGAAACCAAAGCAUGAACAAGGCCCGAAAACAACAUGUUGAGAUUGAGAUGUGCUUACUCGCAGCUGAACGGUGAGGAGUUGGGAUUUGUUGGAGCAGGCGGGACGAGUGUAGGAGAUGGAGGGUUGGUGAUCACUGGAGCAGAAGGUGGUGUCAAUGGUGCACUCUGAGACGGCACACCACUACCGCUUCUGCCUCCAUGCGAUGGCGUCGUGUGUGGGGUGCCAUGUGAAGCUGCACCAUGCAAGACAUACAUGUGUUACAACUUUUUGCAAGUCCUCCAUCAAUAUCAAUGGCAUAGGAGACAUUUUACAAUGGGGAUUACCUUCAGGUGAUUCAGUAGUGGAGUAGUUCUUCUCCUCAGCUAAACCACCGUCAACGCUCCUACUCAUGGCCGGAGUGACUGUCACCUGCUGAGAAACCAACCAUAUCAGUAGAGAACACAUGAGAACAGACUUCCCAUUCUUGUGACUCCCCAUGCUCUACAGAAACAAGCUCAGAGAAACACAGAUGGAAUGAGGGCGUGAAGGGUGAAUGCCCAUUUAUACACAUGAAAAUGAAGGGAGCAGCUUGGAUUAAUGGCACAGUACAUGAACAUAAAUACAGUCAGACAGAGAUAGUAAAUGGUUAGGAUGCAGCAGCAGAGUGCAUUUAAAUGUCUUAAUACCUUGUUGCACAUAGCUAUGGAGCAACAUUUUCCAGUGGAGCUUCCAUCAUCUGAGAUGAACAUCAUACAACAGUGGACGAUGAUGCGUUUGGAGAGAUGAAACAGGCUCCGACCGAACCAUCUUGAAGUGGUCGACUAAUCGAGCCCGAUCCAUUGGUGCAGAAUAAGAUCCAAUAAGGUCCAUGGAUCAAGCUUUUAUAAUCUCUAGCCAGCAAAAGGUGUCAAAGGUCAGGAGUGUCAUCUGUGUACUCAGUGAAUGGCUUCCUUGAGAAUCUGUGCACAUGAGGAUGAAAUGGAUGUUGCAAAGCCUUAAAAUAACUUAUUUAUGCUUACAAAUAUUAGUAUAAUGUAUAUAUGUAUACAAAUAUUAAAAUCCUUCU